GAUGGUCAAUAGUGGCUAAUAAGAAAAAUUAUUCUUUUUAUUUCGGACUAGUUGAAAGUCAAACCACCUUCCUCCUCCUCCCUCAACUGCUAGUCUGCUACUGCAGAGAAAACAGAGGAACAAGAAAUGGAACUCCAUUGCAGAACCGCCGUUUACUGCUGCUACUUCGUUACCAUACUACUAGUGUUACUCUCAAUAACGUCAACAAAAGCAGAAGCCGAAGAAGACCCAUCAUCGAUCAUAUCAAGAUUCCAACAGUACCUUCAAAUCAAUACAGCCCAUCCUCAUCCCCACUACAGUCAAGCGGCCGAUUUCAUCCUCUCCCAAGCCCAAUCUCUUUCUCUUGAAACCCGGACCCUGGAAUUCGUCCAGGGCAAGCCUCUCAUCUUUCUCAAGUGGCCGGGCUCUGAUCCGGACCUCCCAUCUAUUCUCCUCAACUCCCACACCGACGUCGUUACAGUUGAGCAGGAGAAAUGGUCCCACCCUCCGUUCGGGGCCCACAUCGAUCGGCAGGGCAACAUCUACGCCAGAGGGUCCCAGGACAUGAAGUGUGUCGGCAUGCAGUACCUCGAGGCCAUUCGCAAGCUGAAGGCUUCUGGGUUCCAGCCCGUUCGAUCUGUCUACCUGUCUUUCGUGCCGGACGAGGAGAUUGGUGGCCGUGAUGGUGCCGAGAAGUUUGCGGCUUCCGAUGCCUUCAAGAACUUGAACGUGGGCAUCGUACUCGACGAAGGUUUGGCUUCUCCCAAUGAGAAUUACAGGAUGUUUUAUGCGGAACGACGCGCAUGGCCGCUCGUUAUUAGGGCUACUGGACAACCAGGCCAUGGGGCAAAGUUGUACGACAACACAGCCAUGGAAAAUCUGUUGAGAAGCAUUGAGAGUGUGAGGAGGUUUCGGGCUUCGCAGUUUGAUCUGGUGAAGGCAGGCUUGAAGGCUGAGGGCGAGGUGAUUUCGGUUAACAUGGUAUUUUUGAAGGCGGGAACGCCAUCUCCAACUGGUUUCGUUAUGAAUUUGCAGCCAUCUGAAGCAGAAGCGGGUUUCGAUAUUCGAGUGCCUCCAACAGCUGAUCCAGAACCUCUGGAAAGGCGGAUUGCUGAAGAAUGGGCACCUGCUUCGCGCAAUAUGACAUUCGAGCUAAGGCGGUUUAAGCAGAAGGUUUCUUUGCAUGCUAAGUUUGGUAAGCCAGUCCUCAACGUGACCGACAUUUCAAACCCCUGGUGGACGCUACUAGAAGAAGCUGUAAGAAAAGCUAAUGGUAAACUUGGUCAGCCAGAAAUCUUUCCUGCCUCUACAGAUGCUCGCCAAUUUCGGCAACAAGGCUUGCCAGCAAUUGGCUUCUCUCCUAUGGCAAAUACUCCUAUUCUUCUACAUGAUCACGAUGAGUUUCUAAACCAAGACGAGUAUUUGAAAGGAAUUGAUGUCUAUGGAUCAAUAAUUAAAGCUUAUGCAUCUUACAUUGAUCAUACAAGAAAGGAAGCCCCCAGAGAUGAGUUGUAAUGGAGCAGGAGGAUAAUCCCCAUUUCAAGACAGAAAAUCGUGAUAUCAUUUUCUGCCUUAUUGUUGUAUAAUAGAAGUUGAGAUGUUCCAGGGAUGCACAGUAAAAUCAUGAUAUCAUGAUAUCAUUUUCUCCGGUA